CCAUGAAUUGGAAAUUGGAAUUAUUGGGAGUUUUAAGUGUCUGUUUGGCCUUAGCAUUGUGCUUCUUAAUAUGCUCUUCGUGCUCUUUGGGCAACUUGGCUGGUCCCUGUAAUUUCAAUUGUACUACUUGAAGAAAGAUAUUGUGUUAAUAUAAAUUCAUUCCUGACUGAACUGUAUUUGAACACGGAUUACUUUACAACAAAUGUCGAAUCAACGGAAUAUGGAAACGUUAGAAGAAAAUAUUUAUUUCAAUAAAACGAAUAUAAAAUUAAUGAGAACAAACAUAAUAUCAUGUUUCCAGCGUAUUGUAGUUAUACAAUUAAUUUCAUAAUGAAAACAAAGAAUCAGUGCAGGUCAGGAUCAAAACCUGCUUUAAUAGUGGUUAUAUUCGAAGUGUAAUAACAUACAUAUACACUCUGAAAAUGGAACCUUUCUCAAACUUAACAUAACGAACCACAGAAACUGUUAAGUCAGAAACUACACAUAUUGAUAAACAUAAAUGAAAUAUGGAAGCUAAUCAAGGCAAAGUUGGAAAAGUUGUUGGAGUUAUAGAGGUAGCGGAAACAUACUCCAGGCAUAUGAUCCAAUACACAAUUGGUGGAAGUAACACACCAACACAAGUUAUAUCAGAAAAACACCCAUACGUUUUUGAUCUGAAUUCCGAUAAAUCAAUCAGCCAGUACUGAGAACAAUACAGGUUACAAUAGUCAGUAUCUAUUUAACAACGUUUGUGAUUACUUCAGCUUGAGAACUCAUCCGACUGGAAAACUUUUGUUGACAGAUAUAACUGGGAAAACAAUAGCUUUCGAAGAAGUCUUCGAAUUAAUAUUAUUUUUCCACAAAGUGCAAGUUGAACGAAGCGUUAAAAGAGUUUUUCAAAAACGUUUCGGGAAUCUUCAGUUUAAGUGGAUAAUUAUGUUGGAGACAAACACAGAGCAACAUCUUUCACCUUUCAUGAAAUCAGCAGCAAAUUCUGUGCUACAAAAUGUGAAUGUCACAUUUCUCUUUUCGUAUACAGAUGCUAUCUCAUUGUUCAUAAGGCAACAGUAUUUAGAUCAGAUCUUUCAUCCGUCCAGUAAACGAUUUGCCGUUCUUUACAUUCACUCUUCAAGAGCUGCAUUUGGUACGUAUGAUAUUAUUGAGGGUGACGUUGUUUGCAGGAAUUCAAGGGAUUUAAAUAUUCAUGAUGAUUGCCUGAGAUAUAACAUUGAGCAGUUCAUUCAGGAUUGUUUUGGUGAAACAGUGUGGACAAAGUACAGACACACUCACCCCUAUCAUCACCACAGACUAUGUUCAGAUUUUGAAGACAAUUUAUUUAACAGCACAUCUCAAAACAUAACUCUGGAAUGUGCCCACCUCAUUAUUUACGUUAAGCAGUUUCAUAAUGUGAAACUACAGGGUGUAAUUGCGCAAUCACAAUCCAGACAUGUGACCUUCAACGAAGAGCAUAGUGCACUUGUCAUACCAAGUAACGUUGUGCAACAACUCAGAGAAGCUGUAUUCGACGAUAUGGCUUGCGAUCUUUGCAAUGUUAUUGUUGACUCAUACAGCCAUGACCAUUUGACUUUGUAUAUCACAGGGGAUAGGUUGAAACACCAACACUUCCGAGAACAUCUUAGAAGAUAUCUUCAAGUUGUCAAAAGCGACAUAAAACGUUAUUUGAUGCCUGAAGGUCGUGCAUUCUAUACAUAUGGCUUCACCAGUACUACUCGUUUUGAUGAAAAAAUACACUUUGAUGAGAUGAGGAUCUGUGUCGAUGUUAACGGGGAAGACGAGACUGUCAUGUGGCCUUUAAACAUUCUGAUUAAAAACCACGACAAGAUUUACAGUGGUUUGGAAAUCAUCUGGGGCGAAAGAGCUACAUUUUAUUCAAACAGGAGGAAACACUCUGAACACCAAGUCCUGUUAUUUAGAUCAAAAUUAAACGCACCUUGUUACAUAAAUGAUGUAAGCUGCCAUCAUAUUGCAACAAUAGAGAUCCAUCCUCCUCCUGAGGGUUGGCCUGAUGAAGUCAAUUUUCACUACUCAUUGGUCUUUACAGAUAACGGACCCCGAAUCAAUGCCACUGAUUUCAUAUCAAAAAAGAAACAUAAAGCUGAACUCAUCGAUAGUAAGUUAAAUGUUUCCGCAAUUUUUAUUGAAGAACCCACUGUUCCAGUAUUGAAAGGUGCUGUCUCAUUCCGCCCAAACACUUUCGUGAGGAAAGCAGUAUUUUCAUAUGGGGUUAUGCACGAUCCACGUGCUUCGCAGGGACAGUGUCCGGAUCACCUCAGAAUAACUAUUGAAAUUGGGAACUCCCGAAGGUGUAGAGCGUUCCACAAAAUCAUCAAAAAAGGCCAGCUUCUGCAUCAUCAACAAGUUUUCUCCAUAGAAUUCGAUUUAAUUGUGUUACCAUUUUCUACUCCUCAAAGGUCCAGUAAUGGUUUCCCAGUUUUCCAUAAACCAACAUUGAUCCUUGAACUGUAUCGCACCCAAAUGAAGGAUCCUAUGUUGAAUUGGAGACCAGAGGACGACCAGUGUGAGUGGGUCGCAAAUAUAUGUAGCAUACCUGUGGAUGAGGGAGACCCCUACCACAAGGGCAUACGUUACGAGUUAAAAUUGAUCGUGAAAUAUAUAGGACUUGAGUUUGUUGUUACCCGUAAGGAUACAAAGGAAAUGUGGAAGAAUACAAUUAUAGAACUAUAA